AUGUUCGUUUCCCGGGUCCUGGAUUUCCAGAAGACGCGCUACGCCAGGACUGUCCCCAGCCUUGCCUCCCCUUCCUCCUCCUCCUCCUCCUCCCUUCCCACACCCCCAGGAGGCCAGAGGGAGAUGAAGUGGCAGAGGUUCAUGAACCACCGUGUCCCAUCCAACUGCAGGUAUCAGCCCACGGAGUAUGAGCAUGCAGCAAACUGUGCCACCCAUGCAUUCUGGAUCCUGCCCAGCAUCCUUGGCAGCUCCAUCCUUUACAUCCUCUCUGACGACCAGUGGGAAACCAUCUCAGCCUGGAUCUAUGGCUGUGGCUUGUCCAGCCUCUUCAUUGUCUCCACAAUUUUCCACACCAUCUCCUGGAAGAAGAGGCAUCUCAGGACUGUGGAGCACUGCUUGCACAUGUUUGACAGGAUGGUGAUCUACUUCUUCAUCGCAGCAUCCUAUGCUCCCUGGCUGAACUUGCGGGAGUUGGGUCCCUGGGCUUCCCACAUGCGCUGGAUCAUCUGGAUCAUGGCAUCAGUCGGGACUGUCUACGUUUUCUUCUUCCAUGAACGGUACAAGCUGGUGGAGCUGGUGUGCUACGUUAUCAUGGGCUUCUUCCCUGCCUUGGUCAUCCUCUCCAUGCCCAACAGGGAUGGUCUCCUGGAGCUGGUGGCUGGAGGACUCUCCUACUGCCUGGGCAUGGUCUUCUUCAAAAGUGACGGCCGCAUCCCCUUCGCCCAUGCCAUCUGGCACCUCUUCGUGGCCAUCGGAGCUGGCAUCCACUACUAUGCCAUUUGGAGGUACCUCUAUCAGCCCAACACUCUGGAGGCCAAAACAUCCUGGUAG